AUGAUAUUAAACGCGCGGGAUGGGUCUGUCCCAGGGGUAUCAUGGGCAUGGAAAAAGAUGCUGCGGUUUGGAGUCGCAUUCUUGUUUGUGAUAGGAUUUGCCGCUGUAUUAUGGCCUUCUGUCGAGCCAGUGAAACUCCCGCUGGAGACAGCUAGCAACGUCACUCUUGGCUCCGAUGUCAAGUGCGAUAUUGAUCACGACCAAUUGGCAAACCUGAACAUCCUCAAACUCGCCCAAUAUACUCGUCGAGAGAUCGUACUCGAGAUGACAGACGAACCAGUGCCCUACACACAAUGGCUUGACGAACCGUUCUUGCAAGUGCCAAAGGGCACCGAGGGGGCAGCAGAUGGGUGCUCAAUUCCUGCCCCAGUGUCCUUGCGGGUCCCCCAACCGCCGAAAUUGGCGGACGCGUCACACAUCGAUUUUGGAGUCGCGACCAGUGUCGAGAGAUUGAAUGAGUCCCUUGAUGCAUUCGCUCACUGGGCUGGAUACUCGCGCACGCGCAUUUUCGCAUUGAUCGAACUGGAUAAGACGGGGACUGGGAUCCAGGAGGUCAAGGCCAAGGCGGACAGUCUAGGGAUCAACCUCCACAUCACAGAGUCGGACGAUAAUUAUCUCAACCGAUACUUCGCCCUUAUCCCUCAUCUAGAGGAAAACGCCCGAGAAACCACUCAAUGGGGCUGCAUCAUCGACGACGACACAUUCUUCAUGUCGAUGCCCAGACUGGUGGAUGCGCUCGCUAAAUAUGACCACACCACCUCCAUGUAUAUUGGCGGGUUGUCAGAAUCUGUCCCGCAGAUUGCGGCAUUUGGAAUGAUUGGAUUUGGAGGCGCGGGCGUCUUCUUAUCGAAACCCCUCUUGACAGAACUGACCAACGUAUACGACGAGUGCUCUGCGAUGGAUUUCACAGGCGACCGCCGCAUCGCCAUCUGCGUCUACCGCUACACCAACACCCGACUAACCGUGGACCACCGUCUACGGCAGUUAGACCUGAUGCGCGACGCCUCUGGAUUCUUCGAGUCCGGUCGCGAGCCCUCGCUCACAGUGCACCACUGGAAGUCUUGGUUCUCCGCCGACAUGCCGAAGAUGGCGGUGAUCGCUGAGCUAUGCGGCGACAGCUGCCUCCUCCGCAAAUGGCACUUUGGCGACGGCUGGAUCUUGACGAACGGGUUCUCGGUCAUCAAGUAUCACGCCGACCCAGGCAAGGACGACGUCUCCAUGGAACUAACCUGGGAGCCGCACAAUGGUGCCAAUGAGGAAUCAUACCUACACGAAUUGGGUCCCCUCCGCCGCAAGGAUGACGGCAAGAGGAGCUUCCAGUUGGUGGAUGCUGUCCACCAGCCGAACGACCGUGUCACGCAGUGGUAUGUCAUGCGUGAUGAGAAGUACGGUGAUCAAGUCUUGGAGCUGUCAUGGCGCAUAAGGUAA